AUGGAAAUUCCAUCUGUCCAGCUGGGUAUUAACACACAGACACCACAACCCGUUGCGACCCCUCAAGCAGCCAAUGAUAAUCAUUCGAUUGAUAUGUGGACAGACGAACGACCCUCUGAUAUGGACAACAAUGCAGACUUCUCCGAACUAGACAUGACUAAUCAACUCACUAAAGACCAGGACCUGAUCUUCUUAGACCUACAGACUACUUUCCCCGAUGCUGAUGUACUGGAAGAGUAUUGGAAUCAAGCAGAUGUGCUCGACCCGUCGUUGGUUGAUCUUCUUGAAACCGACUACGCCAACGAUAUGUCAUUAGCGGCCACUGCAUCCGGGAGCAAAACGAUGUGCGCCUUCAAGUCACCCUUAACCUGGGUCGCAGACUGGUCUGUUGAGGGUCAUCGGGGCAACCACAAAUACACUGAAGCAAUUGAGCAGCGAGCUUUCAGUCUACCACCAGUGCCAGACAUCGAUAAGCUGAUCCAGCUCUAUUUUAGCCAUGCGCAUCCUCAAUUGCCGGUUUUAAGCCCUCGUUUCUUCUUUCGUCUUGUGAAUGCCGAUCACGACCAGAUUUUAGCCGAGGCCAUGGAACCGAUCAGCCUCGCGCUUCUGUACGCUAUCAUGUUCUUUGCAUGUGCGUACCUAAGAACCGAAAGUACCGACCUGUCUGGUAUCCGCGCCAUUCGGUCUAUGCGAUGCGAGUACUUCUCAAGAGCAGCUUUGCUAUUCAAACUUGGGUGUGAGAUCAAUCCUCUACGAAAAGUACAAAUCUGUCUCUUACUUAGCACCUACCGAAGUUACCCCGGCCAGUUCUACGAGAAUGAGCGUUGGAUCAUCGAAGCAUACAGAACUCUACAGGCUAGUGGCGUACUGCCAGAUAAAGGCCACAACCAGGGAUUUGUCGACGGCAUCGAAUGGAGACGUGUGUGCGCGUGCUGGCUCCAUCGAUUCGCGGGUUCAGUGAUAGGAUUGAAAUGGACGAGCAGUCCUGAUGUGAUGGAAGCAUUUUCUUUGCCAUGGCAUCAGAUCACCAUUUCUGUGUUCGAAGAGGAUUAUAGUUUCUCUUGGUUUAUCAGCGCGCGGACGAAGGAGCAAUUGACUCGAAUCUUUCUAUCACGGCUGAAGUUGCUUAUCACAAUUGGACACUUGAAUAAGAUUCUCUGGAAACGUACUGCGUCUGAGAUUACGGCAAUCGGGGAGACACCCGAAUUUACACCGCCACCACCAUCGAACUGUCUUGCGAUAGAGGAAAUUGAAGUUCGCUUUCAGCGAUGGAAACUUGACAACGGUCCACUUUUGUCAGCAGAAACCUCAAGCUCCACACCGCGAAAGGAGCAGCAAAUCGUCCGUGCAGAGCAGAUACACACGAAGCUAUCAUUUGAGUUCGCCAUGUGUAGUCUCUACCAAAAUACGCUGUAUAUCGAGAGAGUUUUAGUGACAGAUUGGGCUGCUGCCCUUAUUCGCUCGUCUCGUGCUGCUCUGUGGGGCUCAAUUAGCUCUAUACGUGACAUCGUCGUCGAAACGAUGGAGGAUAAGCUCGUCACGCUGGUGCCUCUAAGCAUGGUAAUUGUCGUUUUUGUUCCACUCACGAUCUACUCGCUUCACAUGCAGACGGUACAAUAUUACGACCCUUUCAUGAUCAAAAGUCUUGCGAUUUGCUCAGAAGCAGCAAAUAUGAUGAGCGACCUACAUGACGGGGCCGACUUUUAUGCUAGGGUUCUGGACAACGUUUUGACACUUGCACAGAAAUACAGACAUUUGUCAACGUCACCAGAACCAAUGGCGAGCGGCGCCCAGAAUGCAAAUCCUAGGCAUGGGCACGGUCAGACAGACGCUGAAGCAAUACUUCCAGAGCCACGCCUUCAUUCUCUAGUUCUGCGAUUUAAUGGUCUAGCGCUUGCCCUCGGUCGCAUACCAGAGAUCGAAAGCCUCAUGCUGCCAUCAACGCGGCCAAUGACUUCUAGCCAAGUAUCCUGA